AGUCUCCUAAAAAUCCCCCCUCACUUUACCAAUUUCCACAGAACAGAAAAAUCGGAGAUGGAGCCUUCGAUCAUCACGACGCCGCCUUCCAUCACAAUCGUCGACCACGAGCUCCCCUGCGACUCACACAACACCUACGACGUCAUCUUCUUCGGCAAAUCCGUCUUCACCACCGUCACCUCCGAUCCGACCAUCGCCUCGCAGUGGAUCUCCGAGAUCGACCGCAGCGGCAGCCACCUCACCGUCGGCCUCGACGUCGAGUGGCGCCCGUCCUACAACCGCCACGUCGCCCACCCCGCCGCCACGCUCCAGCUCUGCGUCGGCCUCCGCUGCCUCAUCUUCCAGCUCAUCCACUCCCCCUCCGUGCCGCCGCCGCUCAUCGAUUUCCUCGCAAACCCUAACCACACGUUCGUCGGGAUCGGGAUCGAGGCGGAUCUGGAGAAGCUGGAGGAGGACUACGAGUUCGGAUUCAGCGCCAACGCGGUGGAUCUGAGGGGGCUUGCGGCGGAGAGGUACGGGCGGAGAGAUCUGAAGAACGCCGGCGUGAAGAGCCUGGCGGCGCUGGUGCUGGGGAAGGAUGUGGAUAAGCCGAAGAAUGUGACGAUGAGCCGCUGGGACAACCAGUGGCUCACGCCGGUGCAGGUGCGCUACGCGUGUGUUGAUGCGUUUGUGUGCUUUGAGAUCGGUAGGGUUUUGAAUGCCGCUUCUCCUGCCGCCGCCGCUCCGCCUUCGGUUUCAGCUUCGGUUUUGGAAUUUUGACUGUUUGAAAUUAUCGAUGAUAAUUAGGGAUUUGAAAUUAUCGAUGAUAAUUUUGACUGUUUGAAAUUAUCGAUGAUAAUUAGGGAUUUCGAUUUUCUGUGUGCUAAUUUAAACAGUAGCGUUGUUUCAUUGAAUUUCUGUGAGAGAGUGUUUAUUAUUUUAUCCCUUCAAAUUUUCUAUUUUUCACCUUUGGCAUUAAAGUCGGACUACAAUGCUAAACCAGUCCAUAUUUAAAUAA